UUUCCAGAUUUUCCGUGUUUUGCUGGUGAAAAGAAGCGGCCGUGAUCCAGAAAAUUAAGGAAAAAAGGCUGCCCGGAACAGGUAACGACCAUGGGCUCAUCCAAAAAGCAUAAACGAGAUUCUAAAAAGCAUAAACGUCGUUCGCGUAGUCAUUCGCGGAGUCGGUCGCCGCGCUAUGAACGCGAGCGCGAGCGCGACCGAGACCGCGAACGAGACCGUGCGGAACGUUCCCGGUCCUACUCGGAGGAUGAUUCCGAUCGUCGUCGACAGCACAAGAAGAAUCGCCGGGAGCGCAGCGAACAUCGGCCCCGUUCCUCACGCCACCGUCACAGUGACCACCGCAGCGGCACCGAAGUGGUCAAUGCCGUCGAGGAUUCCGACAGUUCCGACUGCGUGGAGGUUCCGCUCGACGAAGAUGUGGCGCCACCGCCACCGACCAUCAGUCGCCGUUCGCCCAGUCCCAGAGUCCCUUCACCACCACCACCUCCGCAGGUGCAGAAACGUCGUCGAUCACCGUCACCGGCACCGAAAACUUCGAAUACCAGCAGCAGCAGCAGCAGCAAGAAGAAAUCGCUGUCCCCCAUCCCGGAUGCAGGCGCGGGCGAUGUGCUGUCCGUGGCGGAAUCGAAUAAAUUGCGAGCCAAGCUAGGACUACGUCCUCUCGAUGUACCAGCGACCAGUAAAAGUCAUUCGGAGCGGAAUGCAGAAGGAUCUUCGGGCAGAAAGCGACAUCGAUCGCCAUCGCCUCCGGCACCUUCCUCGAAGCCGAGCAACAACCGGAAGAAAUCCAUGUCCCCCAUUCCGGACAAUGGUGCGGGUGAUGUUCUGUCGAUCGAGGAAACGAACAAACUGCGUGCCAAGCUAGGACUGCGGCCGCUCGAUGUCACACCGUCGAAACCGGAAGCGGAAUCAUCCGGACGCGAUGAGAACGGAGCAGGACCCGAGAAGCUGAAGGAUGAUUGGGGUGAGUUCUACCACAAACCAGCGCGCAACCUGUCGGAGAAAACGCAGGAAGAGAAGAUCCGCGAAAAACUGAAGGAACGAAGGGAAAAACGAGCGAUCGAAGAGAAGCUUAAACGUCUCCAGACACUCGGGGAGGAUGAAGAGGUGGACGAUGUACGCAAUUGGGUGGCAAAGACACGUGACAAGGAUAAGCUGCGGCGUGAGGCGGAAGAGCGGGCCAAACAGUUGGACGCACUCGAUGAGGAACUGGUAACGGGGGUUGACGAUACGCCCGCAUCAAGCGGAAGGCGCCGAGGCCGCGAUGAAAGGGAAAAGCGAAAGGAUGGAUACCGCGAUCGCGAUCUCGAGGGAUUGCGUGUGGAGCACGAUGUGGAAGCGUUUACCGAGGGUCGGCAAGUCAUACUGACGCUCAAGGAUGCGGACGUGCUGGAUGAAGGGGCCGGCGAUACGUUGGUCAACGUAAACAUGAUGGACGACGAGCGGUACAAGCGGAAUGUAGAGAACCGGAAAGCCAAUCCGCAACACUACGGCUACGAUGUGUACUGUCAGGAUGAGGUGGAUGAGUUCGGAAUGCCGAAGCAGCGCGAGGUGUUGGGCAAGUACAGCGAAGAGAUCGAUGGAGGUCCACGGAAGAGUAGCUUCGUUAUCGGCUCGAAUGCCGAAGAGGAAGCUCGCGAGAAGCGCCGUUUGCUGGAGAUCAAAUCGAAGCUGGAUCGGAAGAAACUCGAUUCACUCGUGACGGCACCAGCGACACUCGUUUCGGAUUACUUCACGGAAACUGAGCUGGCAUCGUUUAAGAAACCGAAGAAAAAGGUCCGCAAGAUCCGUCAGAAGCUGCGAGCUGAUGAUCUGCUUGCUAGUCUGCCGGCGGAAGAAGCGGUAGCAUCUGCGGAUUUGGGAUCAAGACACUCGAAACGGUCCGCUAGUAGUGCGGGUAGCGAUCGGUCCGAUCUACGACAAACGCUACGACAACGUGCGGUGGCCGAUGUUCUCAUCACCGAUGAUACGCCAGUCCUGGAGGAGGAUCUGAGUACGGUGAAGCUCGAGGACACGGUAGAGGAUGACGAGGAUCUGCAGGCAGUGCUGGAGAAGGCACGGCGUCUCCGACAGAAGGAAGCCCUCAUCUCCAAGGCCCUUCCGAUCAAUCCGGAGCGGAUCAAGAAAGAGGUGAAGGAAGAACUGGAUAGUGAGGGAGCUGCUGCAGAGUUCGAUCGGGUACGCGAUGGUACGAUGCUGCUCAAUUCAACGGCCGAAUUCUGUCGCACGCUGGGCGACAUUCCGACUUACGGAACGGCGGGCAAUCGAGAGGAAGAUCCGAACGAGAUGAUGGACUUUGAGCGCGAAGAUGACAGUGAUCAGGACGCUAACAAUGUGGAAGAUGGAGAAGAUGAUUCCGAUGAUGAAGAUGGUGGUCAUCAGCGCACGGGACGGAAGCGCAAUCGACAUCACGGUACGUGGAACUCGGUCAAUACCGAGCAGGAACAGGAAGCCGGUCCAAGCGGUAUCGAGGUGAAGGUUGAGGAGGUUGCAAUUCUAGACGAGGAACCGGACGUUGCUUCCAGCGUUGCUGGUGCGCUGAAGCUCGCCCAAUCGAAGGGUUAUCUGGAGCGCGAGGAAAGCAAUCGACCGAGCAAUGCCCGGUUCGCGCAUCUGCAGGCCCAGAACUAUUCAAUCGAAGACAAGAGCCACGCGGAAGAGAACGAUAAGUACUCGCGGCGCGAUCGAUACGCUGGACCGAUCAUGGACUUUAAGGAGAAGGAAUCGUUCAAACCAAACGUGAAGCUCGAAUACAUCGACGACAGUGGCCAUCUGUUAACACCGAAGGAAGCAUUCCGCUAUCUUUCGCACAAGUUCCACGGCAAGGGUCCGGGCAAGAACAAGGUGGAGAAGCGAUUGAAAAAAAGCGAACAGGAGGGGCUAAUGAAAAAGAUGAGCUCCACCGAUACACCGCUCGGAACGCUGAAUAUGCUCCAGGCGAAGCAGAAGGAAACACAAUCACCCUACAUCGUGCUAAGCGGAUCGAAACAGAACACCAGCAUCAUCAAGCAGAAGCGCUAGGAUGAAGGCUCUAUCUCUGGCCUACGUCUGCAUGCUGCAUGAUUCCCACAAUUUUACUUCAAAUACAUUAUCCUAAUAUUACGCGUGGCACCAAAACGAUUCCCGCGGGUUUUUGGUUCUUUCUUAAAUUCAAUCCACAGGUUUGUGCUGUGAGGUGGUACCUCCCUUACUGGAUUUACCGACGGUCUCUUUCCGCUUAGCUCCUAACGUUACCCGUAGAACGUAAAGAACGCCGGCUAAGCCAACGACUA